GCUAAAACAUCCCUAGGACAGUCCGUCUAUUCCUGUCUCUACUCUAGAACCACCCCUCUAGCAUCAAUGCACAUCUCCUCUUGACAACUAUUCUGAGACACACACACACACACACACUCCCACACACACAUACCUAUGUUGCUACGGCAGGCGGCCAGUGGAGGCGAGCACAGCUGAGUUGAUGUUUGACUGCCUUCGCGCCAACUUGAGAUCGUCUGUAGCUUAGAGCUAGAUCUGUCUGGUGGAUUCGUCUGUCAACUUUUUUAACUGUUUGUCUUCCAACUGAUUGGCUAAGUAAGACAGCGUUUGGGUCAGCCCAGCAAACUGACCUCCAAAGGGAUUAAAACAUUUUUUUAAAAGUGCAAACGAGCAGCAAGACUUUUAAAACGUACACGCUUACCUUUUCUAGAUUCACCUUGACAACUUUUAUUUUGUGAGAAAAACAUUUUCUGUUACAAGGAGCGUCCAGUGAACAGCCAGCAUGUGGGAGUUCCGGUCCAUGACGUUUUGGCGGGCAGUCUUCGCAGAGUUCUUUGGAACCAUGUUCUUUGUGUUUUUCGGCAUGGGUGCCGCGCUGCGCUGGACAACCGGACCCAACCACAUACUGCAUGUGGCGCUGUGCUUCGGCUUGGCAGCUGCCACCAUGAUCCAGUCCAUUGGUCACAUUAGUGGCGGCCACAUUAACCCGGCUGUCACCUUUGCCUACCUGGUGGGUUCCCAGAUGUCGUUGUUCCGCGCUUUUUUCUACUGGGCUGCCCAGAUCCUGGGGGCCGUGGCCGGGGCCGCUGUGCUCUAUGGGGUCACCCCCAACAACAUGAGGGGCAACAUGGCUCUCAACACGCUGCAGCCUGGUAUCAGCCUGGGCAUGGGUACCACAGUGGAGGUGUUCCUGACCAUGCAGCUAGUGAUAUGUAUCUUUGCCGUGACAGAUGAGAGGAGGAACGGACGCAUGGGCUCUGCUGCCCUGUCCAUCGGCUUCGCUGUCACCAUUGGACACCUCAUGGGGAUGUACUACACUGGUGCUGGAAUGAACCCUGCAAGGUCUUUCGCCCCCGCUGUGCUCUUCAGGAACUUUGUAAACCACUGGGUGUACUGGGUGGGUCCCAUGAUAGGAGGUGCUAUGGGAGCUCUUCUGUACGAUUUCAUGCUGUUCCCCCGUAUGCGUGGUCUGUCUGAGCGCCUGGCCACACUGAAGGGCAGCCGACCCCCCGAGACGGAGACCCAGCAGGACAACCGUGGGGAGCCCAUCGAGCUCAAGACACAAGCCCUAUAAACCUGCCCAUGUCUGGGGACAAGGGACGGGCCUGUGUCCGCCAACCCCCACGCUGGCCCCAUCCCAUGAGCACAUACACAGUCCCUCUCAUUUACUCACUAACUAACACACAGGCACAUGCAGAUUCAGACAUAUAUUGAUGCACAAACUGUACACACACCCAGACACAGACAGGUUCACAACCUUCAACCUCAAUAUGCAACGAGACUCCUCUGCUUCCAACCUCACUCUGUAUCCUGAACUGGACAUGGUGUUUGAUAGAGGUGACCAGUGCCUGCUCCAACAGUCCCACUACCUCCCCUCUCCUCCUCCUCAGCCACACCAAGUCUUCCCCUCACACACCCACACAGACUGAAGGAUCAGACCUGUCAGCACAGAAGCAUGUGAACCCUGUGUCUAGCAGGAAAACUAGGGGAGGGGUAUGCAGGUAGGGGGUGAGGGUGAGGUAUAGGUGGGUAUGUAAGUAUGGUCGGGGUAAGAGGUAAGGG